AGAAGAGCUGCUAACCCGAAAUUUAUGGCUGCAGAUGUGUAGCCGCGGAUUAACAGAGAAAACGCGGACUGAUGGAAAAUACAUAACGUCAUGAAAGAUAUUGACACAGUAGGGGGUGAAAAAGAUGAAAAUUGGGUUGUCAAUGAAGAAAAUGAAGCUGAGGCUCCAAUGAGGCGUAGUUUUUCGGUAGAAGACCUCCUUGAUGAGGUGGAGAAGAUCUGUUAUGAUGCCUCAGGGACUUCAAAGGUGGAGAUGGUGGUGAGGCUGUGGAAGGAUGGCUUCACAGUAAACGAUGAGGAGUUUCGCAGCUACUCAAUACCAGCAAACCAAGACUUCCUGGAUGCCAUUAAAAGAGGGGAGCUUCCAGCAGAGUGGGAGAGCAGAGCAGAGGAGGAGGAGCUGGAGAUCAGUGUGGAGGAUCUGACUGAAGAAAAUUAUGUUCCCAGGAAAAAGGCCUUUCACCCGUUCAGUGGCCGAGGAUACCGCCUUGGCAGUGUUGCACCCCGAGUAGUGGCCAGGUCACCAUCUGUGCACGAGGAUGGAGAAUCUCCUCCUAUUCCCAUGGUAACACUAGACCACACCCUUCCUGUUACCUCCCUGCAGAUCUGGUUGGCUGAUGGCAGGAGAUUGGUGCAGAGGUUUAACCUAUCACAUCGGAUCAAUGAUGUUCAAGAUUUCGUGGCACGCUGCCAGAGGAGCUGUCCACCUUUCAUUCUGACAACAUCACUCCCCUUCCGGGAGCUCAGUGACAAAGAGUUAAGUCUUGAGGAGGCGGAUUUGGCUAACGCUGUUAUUGUCCAGAGACCCCUGAACACACAGGCUCCAUUUGGACACUCCUGACCAGUCGGGCCCCAUAAUAUACACAACAGACCACCCCUCUGUUUUUUUUUUUUGUUGAUUUGUUUUCUGAUGGAUAGCUGAUAGUAGACAAGCAGACAGGAAACAAGGGAAGAGAGGGGGGCAUGACAUGCUAUAAGAGGGACGUUGUGUUGCAUGCACAGUAACCAGGGCGCUCAAUCACCCACCCCUCUUUACACCUCACCCACCACCCCCUCUGAUUGCAGUGUUGAGCCCUCCUAUACCAUAACCUAUCACUUUUCUUGAUUUAGCAGUUAGUGCUACACUUGACGAUUGUUAUUUCCCUCUACAGUCUCUGUGUGGGAUUAUUUACAAUCUAAUAGAGAUGUUGUCAGUUAGUUACAAGCAUCUCCACCAUCCCAGGUGAUGCCAAGGUGCUGCUGUCAACUCUUUCUUUGUCUUCUUCCUCCCAAGGACGGUGUUUACCUGCCAAAAGAUCUCCCUAAAUCCCUAAACUGCAAGAAAAUGUUGCCCAUGCAGAUGGUCGUACAUGUGUCCAUCUGUUGGUCUACCACAUAUAACCCUCCCCCUCCUCAUAUGCACACACACACAUAUACACACUACCACCACCAGCACCACCAACCAACUCUCUAAAGUCUUCCCAAACUGUGAUCACUAAUUUUUCUGCACUAUUUACUGCUAAAAUAAGGGGCUGCUGUUUGAAUUUUUAUCUUUAGGUUUAAAAUUGUAUUUAAUGAACAUAUGAUCUUUUAAGUACAUAUUCUGAUGAUAAAAAUAAGGAAAUAUUACAGCUUGUUAUUUAUGGUGGCCUGCUUGUUUAGGUCUAUCAGUUGUUUUGUCAUUUAUUGUUGUUUUUUUUUCCCUUUGUUUUGGGGGGGUAUUUAAGCUAGAAUGUGGAAUGUAUUAUGUUAUUUGACUGCAUCCUUUCAAGACAUAUCACAACUCAAGGUACAAUAAAAAUCCUC